AUGUUCCGCUUGAAGCAACAAGCGAAGGAGAGUCGCACACGCAAGGAAACGGGCGUCCACGCAACUCGCGCCGGCCAGAUACGCGUUCAGAAAGACGUUAGCGAGCUCGACAUUCCUCCUUCCACGGAAGUGUCCUUCCCAGACCCAGAUGAUAUCAUGAACUUCAACAUCUCCCUCUCCCCAGAGGAAGGUUACUACGCCUCGGGCACCUUCGAGUUCACUGUCCACGUUCCCGAUGACUACCCUCACAAACCACCCAAGGUCAAAUGCACUACAUUAAUAUACCAUCCAAACAUUGACCUUGAAGGAAACGUUUGCCUCAACAUUCUUAGGCAGGACUGGAACCCCGUUUUAUCUCUCAGCUCUGUUUUGUAUGGCUUGCAACUUCUUUUCUUGGAGCCAAACCCAGACGACCCACUGAACAAGGACGCCGCAGAGCUGCUCAAGCGCGACCGCUACGAAUUUCAGAGAAAUGUCACAAUCGCUGUCCGAGGUGGCUAUGUAGCCGGUACAUACUUCCCUUCUGCGCGUCGUCGAUGA